UCGGGGAGGUGUUGUCGGCUCCUGAAUGAACCAUGUUCGGUACCGGAGCCUCCGCGGUGCUUCUCCUGCACGUUGUGUUUGUACCGGGAGCCAGCAACUGGGCCCCCAAGGAGGAGGUGUUUGAGUGGUGGGGGGAGUGGUCCAGCUGGUCCUCCUGCUCCAGGAGCUGCGGAGGAGGAGUGAGGAGUCAGGAGAGACACUGUCUUAUACAGAGGUUGACUCCUGCCCAGAACAUUAACAGUUCAUACUGUCUGGGCUCAGCCAAAAAAUAUCAACUCUGUCCUAUACAGCCAUGUCCCAGUCUCAGCGUGAGCUUCAAGCAGCACCAGUGUUCCCAGUUCAAUUCCAAGGCCUUCGGAAAAACCCACUACCAGUGGAUCCCACUGUACCCAGCUGAUUACAUCAGCAUCUCCAACAAGCCAUGUGACCUGCAGUGCAGCACACAGAGCGGCGAGCGCCAGCUGCUGGUGCCCGCCCACGACGGUACCUUCUGCCGGGACGCCAAGCUGACCGGGGUCUGCAUCGAGGGGGUCUGCCAGCCGGUUAGCUGUGAUGGACAGCUGUACAGCAGGAAGUCAGGCGACCGCUGUGGCGUCUGCGGAGGAGACGGGACUUCCUGUCAGCGCGUCUCUGGAACCUACAGAAAGGGACUCACACAGUUAGGCUACGCGUUCAUCACCAACAUCCCGGCCGGAGCGAGAGACAUCCAGAUCAUCGAGAGACGCAGGACCGAGAACAUCCUGGCGCUGUCGGACGAGGCGGGGAACUUCUUCUUUAACGGAGACAGCGUCAUCGACAACCCGCGAAACUUCCGCGUGGCGGGAACGGUGCUGAAGUACCGGCGGCCUGGAGCCUCCGCCGCCGACGGCCUGGAGUACAUCAGCGGGCAGGGGCCCACGCAGCAGGGCCUCAACCUCAUGUACUACAACUUAAACGGGAAACUUCCCUACAUUACCUACGAGUUCAUACUGCCUCGUGACAUCACCGAUGACAUCACACCGCCCCCUGUCAUCACCGAUGACAUCACCAGAGGAGAUGACAUCACGAGCGGACCCGCCAUCCUAAACCACACCCACAACGAGGUGGACCUGAGAGAGGCCAAUCACAGCCGCCCAGGCGCUGAACAGGUGGCGGCAGGCCCGCCGCAAGGGGCAGCGUCUGUCCAGGAGCUGCAGACGCCCAGCCCCCCCCCGCCGGUGGCCAUGUUGGUCUACCAUCCAUUCGACGCGGUCAUCAGUGAUGAGUACCGACAAAACGACCUGCAGGAGCCCCGCCCCCCCGCCGCCUACAGGAGCGGCAGCUCCAACUCCAUCGACAGCGAGCCCGGGAACCACACCCACCCCUCUAAGCCCCUCCUCUUCCACCACCGAGGUCACUUCCUGGAUCUCCUGCUGGCUCUUCCCGCCCCUCUGCCCCGACCAGGCAACCAAUCAGCUGGUCUGGAAAACGCGCUGGCUACCAGGAAGUCCUCUGUGGUUCUGGGUGAGGGGCAGUACAACCUCACACACAUGACUACACACACGGCCUUGGGCUACGAGCCCCCUCCCCCCCACACACCGCUGACAGACCCCGAACCCAACACGCCGCCUAGCCAAGUAACAUCCCCUCGUGGAGAAACGCCCCCUCAUGGAGACACGCCCCCUCGCGGAGACACGCCCCCUCGCGGAGACACGCCCCCUGGGGUUGCUCUUGAGCUCCAGCAGAUGGCAGCAGAGCUCACAGUCAGCACUGAGAGUAAUGACUUUGAUGUGGGUGUGGCCUCUGAUGUGGGUGUGGCCGAGGUCAGCCUGGCUGAUAUGUACCGCUGGAAGAUCUCUGGCAACGCCCCCUGUAGCUCCACCUGCACUACAGGUAUCAGUACCAGCUAUGCUAUGUGUGUACGCUACGAUGGUACUGAAGUAGAAAACAGCUACUGUGACUCGUUGACGCGACCCGAACCCACACACGAGUUCUGUAACGGAAAGGAGUGUCCCCCCAGGUGGGAGACCAGCGGGUGGAGUGAGUGCUCCCGGACCUGUGCGGAGGGUUUCCAGUUCCGGACGGUGCGCUGCUGGAAGAUGAUGUCACCGGGCCUGGACUCCUCUGUCUACGAUUCGCUCUGCCUCUCACAUGACCUGCACAAGCCGGCCAAUAGGAAGGUCUGCCAUGGUCAGAGCUGUGGGCCUCAGUGGGAGGUCUCUGAUUGGUCAGAGUGCUCUGCCCGCUGUGGUCUGAGGGGUCUUCGUUCUCGUGACGUCCGCUGCUCCAUGGAGACCCGCCUCUGUAACGACUCCUCUCAGCCAAUCGGAAGCCAGGAGUGUGAAGGCCCACCCUGCGACCGGCGCUGGACCGUCUCUGAUUGGGGGCCUUGCUCCGGUGUGUGUGGGGAGGGCCGGAUGAUGCGUGCGGUGGCGUGCCGCUCAGCGGGGGGGGUGGUGAUGUCAGAGGAGCAGUGCGACCAAUCAGCACGCCCGCUGGCCGUGUACCCGUGUGGAGACCGGGACUGCCCCGCCCACUGGGUGGAGCAGGAGUGGCAGCAGUGCAACGCGUCAUGUGGGCGGGGCUUGCGGCUGCGACAGGUGGUGUGUGCAGGGCUGGAAGGGGGCGUGUUCAAAGAGUUCCCUGGAAGCAGCUGUGGCCACACCCCCAAACCAGAGAGCUCCUCCUCCUGCUUCCAGAGGCCCUGCUCCAAGUGGUUCACGACCUCCUGGUCCCAGUGCAGUAAGACGUGUGGGAGUGGCAUCCGUGUCCGCGAGGUCAAGUGUUACCAGGGGGAGGAGCUUGUAACCAGGGGCCACAGCUGUGACUCCUCCCUCAAACCUGAGGCCAGACAGAGCUGUGACGUCAUGAGCUGCCCUACCGAACCCCCAGCUCCGCCCCCGGUCUCCGUGCAGCUGGACUCCUCCUGUCAGGAUAAGCCGACCGCGAACUGCGCUCUGGUGCUGAAGAUCAAACUGUGCUCCCACUGGUACUACAGGAAGGCCUGCUGCCAGGCCUGCUACAGCCUGACCACCUGACCCCUGACCUCACCAUGACCCCUGACCCCUGGUACUACAGGAAGGCCUGCUGCCAGGCCUGCUACAGCCUGACCCCCUGACCCCUGACCUCACCAUGACCCCUGACCACUGGUACUACAGGAAGGCCUGCUGCCAGGCCUGCUACAGCCUGACCCCUGACCUCACCCUGACCCCUGAUACUACAGGAAGGCCUGCUGCCCGGCCUGCUACAGCCUGACCCCCUGACCUCUGGGCCUCCACAACACACACACACUCUCUCUGUUGAAACAAGGACAAGGUGAGGGCAGGUCAGCACCCAAUCACAAGGCAGCUCUAUCUGUACUGUAGUAACAGAACAGUGAGUGACUGGCCCAUGGACCAAUCAAAAUACAGCAACACACACUCACACUCACACUCACACACACUCACACUCUGUGUGUGUGUGGGCGGGCAACAGGCUAGCCAUCUCCCUAGCAACAGGCUAACUUGCUCCUCAGCAACAGAAUAGCCUGCUCCCUAGCAACAAGCUAGCAUGGCCAGGGUGACCAGACUGUACACUGUUUGUUUACCUGUUUCUUGUUUACUGAGAUCUAUGUUUUUGUGGUUUACUGAAUAAACAACUGUU